AUGACAAUCCAGAUACACGCGCACAGUUCUUCCCAGGAACUAAAAGGGCAAAACCAUCAAGAUGAACAGAAAUCUUUUGCUAAGAGCACUUUCCCUGUGCUACCGGACGCAUCAGAUAAACAACAAGCAACCGAAACGCUCAAUUCAUGGAUAUCUGGUGCCGAAUUAGAGCAGAAACAUACGACUCCGACCACGUCUGUUCUGCAGCUUGCCUGGGCACUUGUGAUUGCGGCCUAUACAGACUCAAACGAUGUCGUCUUUGAUCUCAGCGUUGCUGAAUCCGCAGCAUCGGCUGCUGCUUCAGUCUAUCCCUUCUGGGUUAAAAUCGAGCCAGACCAGGUCGUGGGUGACGCCCUGGUAUCGCUGGGACAUGCAGCAUCACCACAAUGUGGAUUAACCCCGAUGGUGGCUUGUCAAAUCCAUAAUGUGCUGUUCAUACAGCACGAUCCCCAAGAAACCGCCAACAUAACAGCGGCGGAAGGUUUCCCUGGUAGCUUGUCUGAUGGCUACCCACUGUCUAUCACCGCUGUGAUUCAGAAGAAGGGGAUAUCCUUAUACGCCCGGUUUGACCCAGUCGUUAUCUCAUCAACACUGGGGCAAAUGAUAUUGGAUCAACUGGUACAUGUUGUUAGUCGCAUUCAAUCCAAUCCAACAGAUAAUCUUAAAAUGUUUCUUGGGAUUUGUGCAAAGGGUCUCAAACAGGUCCAGACAUGGAACUCACGUCUUCAGCUUUACCGCAAAGAGCUGUGCAUACAUGAAGUGAUUACAAGACGAGCAUGGGAAUACCCAUUUGCCCCCGCUGUAUGCGCAUGGGAUGGCAGCUUGACGUAUUCAGAACUUGAAGCUGAGUCGACUAGCCUUGCAAACCGCCUGAUGGAGCUUUGCCACGAGACAGAUAAAUUCGUUGGCUUGUUCUUAGAGAAGUCAAUGUGGACACCUGUUUCUAUGCUCGCCGUCCUGAAAACUGGAAAUGCAUUUAUGCUGCUGGAUCCAUCUUUGCCGGACAAGCGCCUUCAGGCCCUCUGCCGGAUUUCUCAGGCAGCGAUAAUUAUAUCGUUACCAGGGCAGUCUGCUCGGGCACAUCGAUUGGGUCCUCCAGUUAUAAUUGUCAAGGACGAAUUUCGAGAAACCACAUCAACAUCGCCGCCACCGUCGCCAUCAUCAUCCUCACCACCACAAUCUUUACCAUCAUCACCGUCUUCGCCAUUUUUCCCUCUGCUGGCAGUCAGCCCCCAUCAGACAGCGUAUGCUGCAUUCACAUCAGGCUCUAGUGGCGAACCAAAAGGCGUGGUGGUCGAUCAUUCAGCUGUGUGCAGUGGUGUUGAUGCAUAUUGCUCUAGCAUAGGCCUUAACCAUGAGAGCAGAGUGUUCCAGUUUGCCUCAUAUUCGUUUACCAUCAGUGUUGUCGACCACUUGAUUACUCUGAUGCAAGGUGCCUGUCUCUGUAUUCCGUCGGCUGACCAGCUCAAGGACAGACUCCUUGAUACAAUGCUCGCUUUCAAUGUCAACUGGAUGACCACCACCCCGUCCGUAGCUCGAGCCCUCGAUCCAGAGUCCAUUCGCAGCCUGAAGACCCUAUGUCUAGCCGGUGAGAUUUUGACACGCUCUGAUCUAGAAAAGUGGCGAGGCCGAGUAGACCUAAAGUCGAUAUACGGCCAAUCCGAAAAUACAUUGGCCGCCUUGGUCGAUACAAAGACGGACGCUUCAUCUCCUUCUGACCUCGGAUACGCAUUUGCAGCAAAUUGCUGGAUUGUCCAUCCCCGCGAUUCUCAUCGACUGGUCCCCAUCGGUGUAGAGGGAGAACUCUUGCUGGAGGCACCCACUAUGGCGAGAGGCUAUCUCAACAAUGUGGAGCAGACUCAGGCUAUGUUUAUCCAUAACCCUCCAUGGUUGCAGGAUGUCCGACCCGGCGAGGGUCGGCGGUUCCUCAAGACUGGAGAUAUUGUCCGCUACCGACCUGAGGAUGGCUCUGUUCAGUAUAUCGGACGUAAGGGGACACAGGUCAAGCUGCGAGGGCAAAGGGUUGAGCUGACCGAAGUCGAGUUUCAGCUGAGAAGGCAAUUCCCGACAGCGGACGCAGUGGUGGCCGAGAUUGUGACAUUAGACGAAGAACGAUCGCACGACGCUAUCUUGGUUGCAUUUGUUGCGGUGGGAAAGGAUGGAGGGUAUAUCGACAGCUCCCCCGAUGUUAUAUUCGCCAAACCAACUUCUUCAUUUGCGCAGCAGAGCCAACAAGCGCUCUCCCAACUGCGCGAGAUUCUCCCAGAAUACAUGGUCCCGACGACUAUUGUACCCAUCUUAACUGUCCCUUUGACCCCAUCAGGGAAGCUCAAUCGAAGGCUACUGCGCAACAUGGCGUCUAAGUUGGGCAACAGGCUGCUUGGAUACCAUAUUCUGGCCAAGAAAGCCCAUCGUCAUCCAUGUACGGCAAAGGAAUUGAUUCUCCAACGAAUCUGCGCCAGUAUUCUCCGUCUGAACCCUGUGGAUAUCAACAUGGACGAUACAUUUUUCAGGGUUGGUGGCAGUUCCAUUUCAGCAAUGCAACUGGUAGGCCAGGCCCGCGAAGCUGGACUAUCGUUCACCGUGAGCGACGUCUACAAGCAGUCAUCUCUAGCUGCAUUGGCGAAAUGUCAAGGAAAGAGUCCAAGCCACAGCGAAGAGGCCGUUUCUCCGGGUAAAUCUGUCUCAGUUACUGAGCUAAAAGCGAAGUUGGUGCAUCAAAGUGCCGCUGCUAUUGACGCUGAAAAGAUCUUGGACAUUUUCCCAUGUACAGAAACACAGCAGUUUAUGCUCGAAAACAAGGAGGGAGGUUAUUUUUUGCUUCAUUUCUCUGGGAUACUGGAUACUGGAAAGCUCCAGGCUGCCUGUCAGCGCCUUGUCAAGACUCACACUGCACUCCGGUCCGUCUUUGUGCUUAUCGAUGGAGUUCCAUCGCAAAUUGUACAAGAUGAAAUCGACUUUCCUUUCAUCGUGCAUACAUGCCCUCCCGAUCAGGAUCCAAUAUCAGCAGCACGGGGUUUGUGUUCGGCUGAUGGCGAUGACUUUUUCCCUCUGGGCGUACCGCCGCUGCAGUUCACCCUCAUUAGAGGCACCGGGGAGCAUGUCCUAAUAAUGCGACUUUCACACGCUCAAUAUGACGGGAUAUGUCAACAUAUUAUUGUCUCGGAUCUCUGCACUUUCUACCAAGAUCCGAGACAUCCUGGUAUGCCAACAGACUUCGCCCAAUAUUCGCGAGAAAUGUCUCGGCGGCAAACUCCGGAGAAAUUCUCAUUUUGGCGAAACGCCCUCGAGGGCUCGACGAUAACCAAAUUGCCAUACACUGUUUCGCAGACGGAGACGGAAAAUGCCAUUAUCCAGUGUUCUACUGAAGUUACUCUCCCGGCACCCCCUAGUGGAAUUACGCUGGCUAGCGUGGUGAAAGCCGCAUGGUCCAGUGUCCUUCGGGAGGUGACGGGGGAUCAUGACGUUGUGUUUGGGCAGCUUGUCAACCUGCGUGGCAUGGAUGCGACAGGGAUCUAUCGCGUUGUUGGGCCUUGUUAUAACAUAGUGCCGAUCCGUCUACAAUAUCAGUUGUUCUCGACGAUCCAGGACCUCUUACGAGCUGCACAAGACCAGCAUGUGCAGGGUAUUCCCUUCGAGACCGCCGAGUGGUUCCGUGUCGUAUCCAAUAGCACCAACUGGGCCCCAGACACUCGGCCUCAGAGUUUGGUCAUUCACCAGAACUUUUCCACGGAGAUGGACAUUCAGAUGGACAAUCUACAAUGCAAACUGGCAGAUUAUAUCUCCAUUGAGCCGACGGAUAUGUCUCUCGAUCUGUAUUCGGAGCCGCGAGGUGACAGGCUGGGUUUGACAUUGGUAUCGUCCGCUCAUUUUAUUGCAGAAAAUGACAUGCAAGCUCUACUAGAGAAGCUGUGCAGAACCUUGACACUCUUUACUACCGCCUCGGAGAACGUUUUAACGGCGAGGCCUUCGGACCAAUUGGAAGUAGGAAGAUUUACACGGCGGGAUUGA